GUUAGUUACUCACUUCGAUCGGUAGAGAGUAGACGUUUAUUUACACACAGCGAUACAAAUUGCAAAUAUCACAAUGAAAAGGCAAAGAUCUUCAGAGAGAAAAAGCCAAAGUGUGUCUAAGAGGCGCCGUGUAGAGGUCUCUUCAGAUGACAAGCAGUGGUACGAGGUGAUGCUGAGUUUGGCCGCUAAAUCUGCUUGUCAGCCAGUCUUUACUUCUGCUGCUCAUGGAUGGGUAGAGCAUAUUGAAGACUGGCGUAAAUUGACCAGUGCCAUCAACAAGUCUGAGGAGCGUAGGGAACUUCCCACCAUACCACAACCUACGCAUCAGAUGGAGUGGUUGGCUAGAGUCAACUUUAAGCACAGAGCAGUGCGCCGUGACGUACCAAAACAGAGACAGCACAAAGUCUCCAAGAGUCAGGACUUGAACUCCUCUUUCUACAUCUACUAAAGAGGACAGUAUUCUU